AGUCUGAAUAAUGAAACGUAGUUUUGGACUAGGAGGCGCAAAAGCGCUUAAAAACUACGAAUGGUUUGACCAUGAGUUGCCAUUAAGCAAAGUUUCUAUUCUUCCGGCGACAGUGAGUACCAUUGUCGGCUCGAUAAUCGGAGCCAUCUGCUCCCUGAUUGUAAACUGCGCCAUGGUCGAACUCUCAAUCUCACCGUUUUUUGCAAACUACUUUGGUGUCGCCUUUUUCAUCAUCGGUAUCGUCAUUCUCUGGAGACUAAACUCAACCAAACAUACGAGUGGACAAAGUCAAAAGUCGUACCUGAGGAUACUCGGCCUAAUGAUUGUCGGAUCCGGACUCAUGUGCUUCCUCCUCAGAAGGAACUGGUUCAUACACCUGCCAGUUCUGGCCAAGACACUCGUCUAUACGCUCCUGGGAGUGUCGAUUUCGUUUGCGCUAACCUUUACUAUCAUCGACCUCGUCAACUAUUUCAUGACAAUGCUGGAGACGUCCGUCUCCAAGCCUCUUGUCGAGUCAAAAUCACAGGUCCACUUGAUAGUAGCAAUCGCAGUGACAAUGGGAGCAAUAUUCGGUUUCACCUUUGGGCUCAUGGACAUCGAGGACGAGGUUGUAUAUCACAUUCAAUUGGCGCUCAUGAAGGAGGAACGUUACACAUACCCAGUGGGACUUGCGCUCGGAGGAAUUGCCGGAUUUGGUAACGAGUACCUUCGUCAGCAGGAAUCAUGGAGAUUCAACAAGGACAAUGCAUACGACGUUGAGAUUUAAGCCGCCGUGCCUAGCAUGGCCACCACUCCUCAUUGGGACUAAUUUUUUCACUUUU